AUGGGUGCAGCUCAAGAUCCUAUAAAUGACAGAGUUGGUGGUGAAGAAUAUGCUGAUAAUAUCAAAGCUGGUGAUGCAGAAACCCCUCUAAAAGACAAAGCAGAAGCUAUAGAGAAUCCUGUAAAGAAUGAUGCAGAUGCUUUGGAAAAUGAUGCAGACAAGGUUGAUUGUAUUCCAGGUGAAGUAAAGGAGAUAUUGAAAUCAUUGGCCAGUAAGUGGGAGAAUGUACUAGAUGCAAAUGCAUUGCAGGUGAUCCCUCUUAAGGGGGCAAUGACAAACGAGGUAUUCCAGAUAAAAUGGCAAACAAUAGCAGGGGAAUCAUCACGAAAGGUUCUAGUUAGACUUUAUGGUGAGGGCACAGACAUUUUCUUUGAUAGGGAGGGUGAGGUCCGAACAUUUGAAUUCAUUUCAAAGAAUGGACAGGGACCUCGUUUGCUACGAAGGUUUGCAAAUGGUCGCAUUGAAGAAUUCAUCCGAGCACGGACAUUAUCAGCGUCGGAUCUGCGUGAUCCAUCUAUUUCUGCUCUUGUAGCUGCCAAAAUGAAGGAGUUCCAUGAUCUUGACAUGCCUGGUCCAAAGAAUGUGAACCUUUGGGAUAGAUUGCGAAAUUGGCUUAUUGAGGCCAAGCGCUUAGCUUCUCCCGAAGAAGUUCAAAAAUUUCAUUUGGACACAAUGGACAAGGAAAUCUCUAUUUUGGAAAAGGAACUAUCAGGCACUCACCAACGCAUAGGGUUUUGCCACAAUGAUUUACAAUAUGGUAACAUAAUGCUUAAUGAAGAGACCAAUUCUGUGACCAUGAUAGAUUAUGAAUAUUCAAGUUAUAAUCCUGUGGUAUAUGAUAUAGCAAACCACUUCUCUGAGAUGGCUGCCAACUAUCAUACGGAAACCCCACAUAUUCUUGACUUCAGUAAAUAUCCUGAUUUGGAGGAGCGUCAAAGAUUUGUGAAGACAUAUUUGAGCUCUUCAGGUGAACAACCUAGUGACAGUGAAGUGGAGCAGCUACUUGAUGAAGUUGAGAAGUAUACACUUGCAAAUCAUCUAUUAUGGUGCUUGUGGGGAAUAAUUUCGGAGCAUGUAAACAAUAUUGACUUCGACUACAUGGAGUAUGCGAGACAGAGGUAUCAAGAGUAUUGGUCAAGGAAAAGUUAUCUUUUGAGCUCUGAUGAGUCUUCCCAAGAUAAUGUGACUGAAGGUAAUAAUGGAAAGGAAGUAUUGACUUCGACCACCAGCGGAAAAACAGUGAAGAAACCUCGUGUCUUCAGGAAGUUGAAGAAACUUUUUGGUCUCAGUUUAUUCAGAUCGAAACACUAG